AUGUCGCAGACGACACACUUUUCAUCCGACGGCAUCACCAUCCUCAACGUAUACAGAGAAAUCAUCCACAUGGAUUAUUUCGGGCAGGGGGUAGUCGUCCAAGUCCAGCCGCAGCCAGAAGAGCCCAACCCGCGCGGCGAGUUCAGAAGGCUGCGCCGCACGCUGCUCGACAACAUCGAUCGAGCGAUCACGAAGGAAUAUGACGAACCGAACAUAGACGAGAUCCGGCGAGGCAAGCAGCGUAUAAAACAAUACUUGUCGCCUCUGCUUGCUGGGGUCGUACCGGCGCGGCGGUCGCCACUGAGCAGGCCUGAUCCCGUCGGCCACCGCCAUUCCGUAGCUUGGUCGAUCUACGAUGGUGUGACCGUCCUUGCCCUCAGGCAGACUCGCGGUGGCAGUCCCUUUCUCGAGACGUUGAGGCGCAGAAUGGAUCCACCGGCUAAUAUACCAGAGGAUACUACGAGCAUCUACCCCGAUCUCAUAUCCGUUUGGACGGAUGAGCUCACAAUCAUCAGCGACUUUCUCACCAUCAAUGCUAUCCAAGGCACCGUGACCCUCCCAAACAACCGACGGUUCACGUGCCUGGCCUUCCGGGACAUUGGCAUCGCCGGGAGGCAACGGUCAAGCCUGUUCCCGAUGCUCAGCACGCUCGGUGCCGCGAACCAGAUCCGCGCAAGCAUACUCGCCUCUCCUGCCCGCUCGAGCUUGUGUGUCCCGCGGCUACACGGCUACGUGUACCACCGAGUGACGCGCUGGUCGGAAUGCUUCGUGCAGCUCGUCGGCGGCCUCGUCGAUCACAUGCGUGGGGCUUGCAGCUGGGCAGUCCUGCGCGGCGAGCGGUGGCCGGGGGCGGAGCGCCAGAAGGAGUGGUCAACCCAGCUGCUGAACACGCUCACGCUGCUGCACGAGAACGGCCUGGUCUGGGGCGGCGCGGUGGGCUGCGCCGGGGGCUACAUGUCUGACCGCUUGAUGGAGAGCGUCGAUAUUGACGACAGCCAGCGGCCGUGGCUGGUGCGCAACUAUGGCGGGGGAGGGGUGUGCGUGGGAGAAGCAGCCGAGAUAUAG